AUGCUUCUGCCCACAUUCAUCGGCGCCGCUGGCCUUUUGGCCACGGCUGUCGAGGCCGCUCCACGGGGCACUUGGUUCCACAAGCUUCGACGAGAUGAUCAAGAACCGCAGGGUUCUACAGCAGGAAUGGCUGCUCGUUCUGAUUCUCAAGCUUUCUACUACGCAAACGCUUACAGCCAGCCCGACGUCUACACUCCUGGCGCCAAGUAUGCCUCUCCCGACACAUACACCAAGACCGACUCCCAAUAUGUUGCUCCCAAAAACACAUCCACUUCGACCGUCAACUCCAAGACUCUCAAGUCGGAUAUUGAGUGCCCUACCGGCGGCGUCUACGUCUCAACUACGACUCUCGACCUGACCGUCACCGUCACUGCCUCUUCAAACAUGUCUUACACCAUCUGCCGCGACUGCACCCAGACUGUCACCCGCAAUGGCACUGUUUACCUGCCUGGUGGCAAGUAUGUUUCUACGCUAUCAUACGACAAGGAGACCAACGCUGCGUACCCGAUUGCUGAGACCACCAACCGCGGCGGGGAGUAUAACACUGGCUCUCCUUACCAUCCUAUCAACGCGACCUAUCUCCCACCCAAGACAAAGGAUGCCGAAGACCCUGAUGAGACUGAGUCCUGCACGGAUGAUUUCCCUUACAUGAACUCGACCAUCGCUGCUCCUAUGUACACUACGCCUGUCGACAAACACGUCUCCGCAAGUGGCCACCAGUCCGCCAUCUACAACACUCCCAGUGGUUACAAGUCUGAUGCUCCCGUCUAUACCAGACCAGCCUACGUCAAGCCCGUAUACCCUGAGCCUGGACACAGCAACUCUUCGAUCGAGACUCCGGCCUACACUAAACCUGUGUAUACAAAGCCCGUCUACCCCCGCCCUUCUGGCUCUGGUAACUCUACCAUUCUGCCCCCGGUUUAUACUAAGCCUUCUUAUCCCGACCCGUCUGGCAACUCAAGCAUCGUUCCCACCGUCUAUACCCCGCCGGUCUACACUAAGCCUUCUUACCCUGACCCGUCUGGUAACUCGAGCACCCCUCCUGCGUAUACCAAGCCUGUUUAUACCAAGCCCGUCUACCCAGAGCCCAACAACUCGAGCAUCGAGCCCACCGUUUACACCCCACCGGUUUACACCAAGCCCGCUUACACUCAGCCUGUGAUCCCUGGCAACUCGUCGGCUACUCCUCCCAUCUACACCAAGUCCGCCGAUCCCUCCGUGUACACACCUCCUGUCUACACUAAGCCGGUGUACCCUCACCCUGUGACUCCUGGUAACUCCUCUACCGGCGAGGCUCCUGUCUACACCCCGCCCGCCAACACCAAGCCCGUCUACUCGGAUCCCGUGGUCCCCGGCAACUCGUCUACAGUCUCUCCUGUGUUUACCACUCCUGUUGAUCCGUCGGUGUACACACCUCCCGCCUACACCAAGCCAGCUUACUCGGAGCCCAUCAUCCCUGGAAACUCUUCCACCAGCGAUGAUCCCAUCUACACUCCCCCGGUCAACACCAAGCCAGCUUACCCCGGGUCCGUUAUUUCCAGCAGCUCGUCUACCAACGAGGCUCCCGUUUACACACCCGUCAACACCAGACCUGUUUACUCUGACCCUGUUGCCUCCGGAAACUCUUCAAUGACCCCUCCGGCCUACACCAAGCCGAUCGAGACUCCCGUCUACUCAAAGCCCGUCACCACGAAGCCUGUUGAUACGCCUGUUUACUCGCCCCCGGUUUACACCAAGCCUGUCUUCCCCAGCGAGUCUUCUGACGCUUAUCCCCUUCCAUCCCCUCCUAGCAACUCGACGAUUCCUCCCGUGCUCCCUGUUUCUUCAAGCGAUUCGUCGUCUGGUGUCGACUCGACCUUCACUCCUGAAGCUUCGACCUCGCAGGGUAGCUCCGCCUCUGUCUCGACUGCCUUUGACCCAGCGUCUACCUCGAUUGAGCCAACCACCCUCCCCGUGACGCCUUUCUUGACAACCACGACUUCAAUCGAGUCCUCGACCACUGAGCCAUGCAUCAUCGACACCUCCAUGGUCCCCAUCUCGUCGUCUUACCUCAACACUACAGCUACCACAUCGAGUGCUCCCACAGAAACCAUCUGCGAGGACGAUGCCGAGAACGGUGCUCCCAGGAGCGACACUGCCUACUGUGGUGUCAAGGGUAAGGCUACGGGAAUGAACUUCCUCGCCGAGUUUAGCGAAGACAGCUACGGCAUGCCCGUCACCCUCGAAGGCUGCUACCAGUUCUGCAAGCUUGACCUACCAUCCACCCGCGGCUGCGAAGCCUACCGCUUCUACCACAACGGUAGCGGCGCUCCCCGCUGUGCCGUCUACGGCCUGCCCGUCUACAAAGAUAUCCGCGAGAUCGACUCGACAGUCGAAGACGUCUGGUACGACCUCAGCUGCGGUUCCCCCUCCAAGUACCAAGACGACACCAAGACCGACAACCAGUCGAGCGGAAUAGGGGCAUCCCUCAAGCUCGGUCUCGGCCUGAAUUACUAA